AUGAAAGAGCCUGAUUUGCAUCGGCAUUAUGGUUCCUCAACUGAAUUCAAGGUCAUCUCACAAGUGAAAGUCGCCGUGUUGUUUGCUACUGCUGAGAUUUUGAAUACUGAUAAUGAAGUUUUUCAGAAGACAAUUGGAGAGCAAACGAUUAAUGCGGGAACAUGUACUAAUCAGGAAAUUCAGCAUCAAUAUCAGCAAUGUGAGCCGAACUAUUCGCAGAAUUAUCAAGAGUCGUGCGAACGAGGCACAGGAAUGGAUACCGUUUUAGAUAAUACUUACUACAAUGCGCCUUAUGAUCAUCAGCAGUACAUGUCGAAUGAAAAGCCAAAUGCAUUUAAUAGCUAUCAGCCAGUGGAGACUCGUAGCUUUGGAACUACCACUACCAUGUAUGAGAAUGUUCGUCAUGCUGGAACCUCGAUGGUUAAUGAUGAUAGUUAUUGGCGUGAUAUUGAGACACAGACGACGGCAUAUGCGCCGUCGCAUUCGUUAUAUAAUAAUUGGUCAAAUGAAUAA